GGACGACAGUCGGCAACCUGUCAGCUGGGCACGUUUCCUGGGAUUCGCUGCCCUUCCUGGCAGAAUUUGGAAAGGCGUGUUUUGUCCGUCGCCUGGGACUCCUGCUGUUUCAGUAACAACCGAGGGAUUGGCUAUGAAUUUUGUGGCACAGUUUUUCUACUCGGGGGGUAUAAAGAACCAAGAUCCCAGGAGAUGCUUUGAGGAAGAAGAAGAAGAAGAAUAUGAUCCUUUCUGGCCAAGCUCUGCAAAAAAGCUAUUUGUCAAAAAGGAUGAAAGUACAGAGGGAAAACUGGAAGUCCCAACGCACUGUGACCGCCAUUGCUUUAAGGAUGGUCCAAUAGGAAAUGGCCCCAUUGGUCAGCGGUCGUCCUCCAUCACUCCUGAGAGAAUGAAAGAUUUUGGAGAAGAAGACUACCUCAACGGGGGCGUGAAGACCUGGGAAAUGAAGAUAGUGAGCCACAGUGAGGAAUUGCUGAGAGACUUGCCCAUCCGCCCGGAAAGGGUUAGCUUGACGGCCCACAAUAAAUGUAUUCGAUUUGAAGAUAUCAGCGCAGCGGCUUUCAAAAUCCAGUGCGGAGUGCAGAAAACACCUUGUAUGUAUUCUCGACUUUCGAAGCAAUACGGAAUGGACCUAUAUCUAAAGAAAGAGUUUCUACAGUACACCGGAUCUGUCAAGGAGCGAGGUGUGCUUUACCUUCUGUUGUCCUUACAGCAGGAGCAGCAAAGAAAAGGGGUGAUCGUUGCCUCAGACAGUAACUUCACCAUGGCGGUGGCCUAUCAUGCCACGGAGCACCACAUUCCCGUGUUUGUCAUCAUGCCCACCAGUACCUCUCCCACCAAAGUAAAAACGUGUCGUGAAUACGGUGCCAUGGUCAUUUCCUACGGUGCCUCGAGUAGAGAAUCCCAGCUGCAUGCCAGAAGGCUGGCACAGGAAAACAGCUAUCUGUACCUUGAAGAAGAAGACAAUGCUGCGUAUCUAUCUGGGUUGGGAACCAUGGGAAUGGAAAUUUAUGAACAAGUGCCAAAACUGGACGCGGUCAUCUUCCCAGCAGGGGUGCAUUGUGGACUGCUAGCGGGCUCGGCUGUGGCCCUGAAACAUUUGAACCCAAAUAUUUUUGUGAUUGGUGUGGAGUCAGAGGGGUUUCCUGUAUUGCAACAGUCUCUAAACAUUGUCCGUCCUAGUGAAGAGCGCAUCCAAAGCAUCCAGCCGUUUUACAGAGACGUGAGUGGACCUUGUAUGGUUUCCAGUUCUUUACAACUGACUGGACAAUUUGUUGAUAAGGUUGUGACAGUGAGAGAACAGGACAUUCUUGUUUCCAUACUCAGGCUGCUGGAGUACGAACGUGCCACCAUCGACGCAGAAGGAGCCAUUGGCCUGGCAGCAGUGAUUGCUGGGAAACUGCCGGAGUUAAAGGGCAAAAGUCUUACUCUGCUCAAAGACCAUGCGUUUAAGGCUGCUUUCUCUGCCUCUGCCGCCUUCUUAGUGGUGGCCGGCCUCUGGCUCUCGGCAGGUGACAGCCAGUCAACCUGGGUCACCUGCAUCGUAGAGACCAGAGACAAACUCCAUACCGCGCAGUUAAGAAACACCCUCAUAGAUCGCUACCCAAUGAUGUUGUGGACGGAACGGUGA